GCUCGGCCCCAUAGCGUUCGCACGACUCUUAUUGCAGGUCGCUCCCAGAAACAUGGUCUAAAUAGCUGUGGGAUGAGGCGUCAGCAGUACCACUGUGUAUGGACUUCCUGUAUCUGUGGCGCUGCGGCCUCAGCAUGGGUACGGAAGUGUAACUCCGUAACGAAAACCAUAUAAUUGGCCGGUUGAAAGUCGACUGGGGGAUUGCCUACAAAGCAUGUACGAUAUACGUAACGACACGAUGGCUGUACAUGUGACGGACAUCGUCUACCUGCUCUGGACGAGGUUGCAAUCGCACCCCAAUAGCGACGCUGACGCCAGGUCCGUCCUCUCUACUCCAUUGAGUCUCCGGUAACCGUACAAGGCGCGAUCUCUCAUCCACUCGCGCUCAAGCUGCACGUCUCGACGCUCGCGAUGCAAACGUACAACGCGUAAGCGGGGGAUUACCCGCAGGCACCCUUCGUAGGUGCCCACCUAUGUAUACAUUUUGCGAAGACGCACUGCAGUAAUGCACGUGAAGUAUCGUCGAGACCACACGUCAGAUGAUGGGCCUCGAAACCUAUCGGUCAUUCGUCGCUCCUCACCGAGGAGCCACCACGAAGCAAUGCACCCAUCCCGUAGAUUGCACUUAUGCACCACGCGAUAUCGUUGCUCUUGCGCAAGAUGACGCAGUCCGCCCCGCUCGCCUUGGCCGUCGCCUUCUCAGCAAUGCCCAAAGUCGUCAUCAUAGAUUGUGUUCUACGAGGACAAAGAGAACAGUAGAAGCGCACGAAUGCUUGUUCGACCAAAAUGAAUUUGAAGCAGCUAAUCGCCGGGGAUUUCUGGCCUCUUCAACCAUUAGUACUGCAGUUCACCAGAUUCACUGUGUCUAUAUUCGAGUUCCGCUGACACACCAGAGCGAGCUACGAUAUUGGCGUGCCGGAGAAUCAGACACAACGUUCCACAACGUCUACGACUGAACGCCCAAACGGGCCGUUCGUUGUGGCCGAUGCUCAAGUCCACGGAGAUCGUGUGGCUUCUCUGGUAUGGAGAGGCUAUGGUAUAAAAGAAGACCGAAACAACUGGACUUCAGCGUCGAACACACCCUACCCAGUCAUCCCGGAUAUUCUUCUUCGACUAUCUACUAAGCUUCCUGCAUCAUGCCUCUCCCUACCAAGAUGACUGCCGUCGGCAUCUCCAAGACAGGCAACUCUCCCGACGUCAUCGAGGAAUUCCAGUUCCCUGUCCCAACCCCCGGCCUGAAUCAGAUCCUCAUCAAGGUCGAGUGGGCUGGAGUCAACUGGUCUGAUGCCCAGAAACGCAGGGGCGUAUGGCCACUCGCGCUCCCACCCUUCCCAUUUGCCCUUGGUGUCGAGUGCGCCGGAACAAUUGUCUCCGUCCCCACAGAUGACGAGGUGCUGAAGGACGAGGAGUACAAGGUACGCUCGCUCAACAUUGGCAGCAGGGUUGUCUCGUUCGGGAUGGCCUUCCCCAAUGGACCGAUGUCGGAAUACUUCGUCACGACCUGGGACACCGUCUAUCCUCUACCUGACGAAAUUUCGGGCCGCACUGCGAUAGCGACGCUCACCCCUGGCUGCACGGCCCUCGCGCUCGCGACGGAGGCAUACAAUGUCCAAGCAGGCGACUUUGUCCUCGUGCACACCGUCGCGGGCAGUGUCGGGCUCUUCUUCGCACAGCUGAUCAAGUCGCGGGGAGGAAUCGUUAUCGGCACGACGAGCACCCCUGAGAAGGCGGCAAUUGCGAAAGCCAAUGGGGCGGACCACGUGAUCAUAUACAAGACUGAGAACGUCGCGCAGCGCGUGCUCGAGAUCACUGGCGGGCUGGGCGUGCACGCGAUCUUCGAUGGGGUCGGGAAGGACACGUUCCAAACGAAUCUGGCCUGCAUCCGUACGAAGGGCACGAUUGUCUGGCUCGGGUUCGCCUCGGGCCUCGUCGAGCCCUUUGCGCCCCACAUCACCGCGAUGAAGGCGGCCAAGUACGUCUUCGCAUCGGCCGCCGCGUACUUUGCGGAUAGGAAGGCUGGUCGGGAGUACGUGGCGGAGGUUUUCCGACUCGUCGCGAACGGGGUCUUCAAGCCGUUCGUGCACAAUGAGUACCCGCUCAGUGCGGCGGGGGUUCACGGAGAGAGAGCUAUGGGAGGGGAUGACCGCUGAGAAGUGUACGUGCAGAAACAUGCCCUUCGAAGAACGUCUGGUAACCACGCAUCGCAAUCACUCAUAUUAAUGCAAGCUAUUU